AUGACUUCCAGAUCCACCGUGAGAAGCCAAAGCGGCAGCCGCCGUGUCUUCAGUGCCGGCUCAGCCAGAGUCCCUGGGGUCAACCGCUCUGGCUUCAGCAGCAUGUCCGUGUGCCGCUCCAGGGGCAGUGGAGGCUUCACUGGAGUGGGUGGAGGAGCUAGCUUUGGCAGCCGCAGCCUCUAUGGCAUAGGGAGCUCCAAGAGGAUCUCCCUCGGAGGGGGCAGCUGUGCCUUCGGUGGCGGAUAUGGCGGCAGAGCUGGAGGCGGCCUUGGUUUUGGAUGUGGAGACGGGAGUGGAUUUGGUUUCGGCAGUGGAGCUGGUGGUGGCAUUUGGCUCGGUGGUGGAGCUGGCUUUAGUGGUGGCUAUGGGGGCUCUGGCUUCUCCAUCUGCCCCCCUGGAGGCAUCCAAGAGGUCACCAUCAACCAGAGUCUCCUGACUCCCCUCAACCUGCAAAUCGACCCCACCAUCCAGCGAAUCAAGACUGAGGAGCGGGAGCAGAUCAAGACCCUCAACAACAGGUUCGCCUCCUUCAUCGACAAGGUCCGAUUCCUGGAGCAGCAGAACAAGGUCCUGGAAACCAAGUGGGCCCUGCUGCAGGAGCAGGGCACCAAGACCGUGAGGCAGAGCCUGGAGCCUUAUUUCGAGCAGUACAUCAACAAUCUCAGGAGACAGCUGGACUACCUUGUCUCAGAGAGAAGCCGUCUGGACUCAGAGCUCAGGGGGAUGCAGGAAACGGUAGAGGACUUCAAGAAGAAAUAUGAAGAUGAAAUCAACAAGCGCACGUCAGCAGAGAAUGAAUUUGUGAAUCUAAAGAAGGAUGUGGAUGUUGCUUACAUGACUAAGGUUGAUCUACAAGCCAAGGCAGACGCUCUCAUAGAUGAGAUCAACUUCCUCAGAGCCCUCUAUGAAGCAGAACUGGCUCAGAUGCAAACCCACGUCUCAGAUACUUCUGUCGUCCUCUCCAUGGACAACAACCGCACCCUGGACCUGGACAGCAUCAUCGCUGAAGUCAAAGCCCAAUAUGAGGAGAUCGCUCGCAGGAGCCGGGAGGAGGCUGAGUCCUGGUACAAGUGCAAGUACGAGGAGCUGCAGAGUUCAGCGUGCAGAUAUGGGGACAACCUGCGCACCACCAAACAGGAGAUCGCUGAGAUCAACCGCAUGAUCCAGAGGCUGAGAUCUGAGAUCGACCACGUCAAGAAGCAGUGCACCAACCUGCAAUCCGCCAUCGCCGAUGCAGAGCAGCGUGGGGAGCUGGCCCUCAGGGAUGCCAAGAACAAGCUGGCCGAGCUGGAGAACGCCCUGCAGAAGGCCAAGCAGGACAUGGCGCAGCUACUGAAGGACUACCAGGAGCUCAUGAAUGUCAAGCUGGCCCUGGACGUGGAGAUCGCCACCUACAGGAAGCUGCUGGAGGGCGAGGAGUGCAGGCUGUAUGGGGAAGGCGCUGGACAAGUCAACAUCUCCGUGGUACAGUCCACCACCUCCAUUGGCUAUGGCGGUGCUGGCGGUGCUGGCGGUGUCAGCAGCGGCUACGGCAUGGGCGGAGGCGGUGUCAGCAGCGGCUACGGCAUGGGCGGAGGCGGUGGCUACUCCUACGGCAGUGGUCUCAGCGUUGGAGGUGACUUCAGUUCCAGCAGUGGCAGAGCAAUAGGUGGUGGCCUCAGCUCCUCCGGGGGCAGCAGUUCCACCGUCAAAUUCAGCACCACCUCCUCCUCCUCCGGCAGGAAGGGCUACAGGCCUUGA